AUGGCCACCGAGGGCCCGGCCCCGCCGGUGGCGCCGCCGCCGCUCGCGCCGCCGCGCCCUCGGGCCGGCCCGCUGGAGCCGCGCGCGCUGCCCUGGACCGCGGCCGGCAGGGUCUGGCGCUUCGCCGCCGCGCCCGGGCGGGGGCUGGAGCACCUGGCGUGGUGCUCGCGGCGCGUGCAGGCGCACGCGGAGGAGGAGCUCGGCCACCUCGGCGCGAUCACGUACCUGGACCAUGCCGGGGCGGCGGUGUACAGCGGGGCGCAGGUGCGGGCGGCGGAGGGGGCGCUGACGGGGGCCCUGCUGGCGAACCCGCACUCCUCGCGGGCCACGGAGGGCGUCCUCGCGCGCGCGCGGGCGGAGGCGCUCGGGCUGCUCGGCGCGUCGCCGGAGACGCACACCCUCGCGUUCACCUCCGGGGCCGGCCACGCCCUGGAGAGCUCCUGGGCGAGAACUUCGCGUGGCCUCGCCAGGGCGGAGUGCUCCUCUCGAGGGAGAACCGAGAUGGUGCGCUCCCUCUGCAGCGCUCGGCGCGCCUGGCGGGCGCCUCCUGUGGCAGCUUCGGGCUGGAGGACCUCGGCUCCCUGGUCGACUGCCUCGACGCCGCGGCGCCGGAGCCCGCCGCCGGGGGCUGGCCGGCUGCGCCGGCGGCGGGUCCGAACCUGGUGUUCCUGCCCGCCGAGUGCGACUUCACGGGCGUGCGUGCGGAGACCUGGGCUGCCUGGCGGCGCUGCGCGCCGGCGCGCUGCGCUGGCGCGUGGCCCUGGACGCCUCGCGCCUGCUGGCGGCGGCGCCGGGCGCCCUCGACCUCCGGAGCUGCCCCGCCGACUUCGUGGUCGUGUCGUUCCACCAGGUCUUCGGGUACCCCACCGGCCUGGGCGCCCUGGUCGUGCGCCACGACGCCGCGCCCCUGCUGGCGCCCUCGGCCCCGCGCGGCGGCGCCAGCGGCCCGGUGGGCCCGUUCGGCCCGGCCUACUUCGCGGGCGGCUGCGUGGCAGCCGUGUCCGCCACCUCCAGCUUCGCCGUCGCCCGCCCUGGGCUGGCGGAGAGUGGUUGGAGCGGGGCACGCCGCACUGCCAGGGCAUCGCCGCCGUGCCGGGCCAGUGGGCGGCGCUGCGGGCGCUGGGCCCCGCGCGCGGCCGCCGCAUGCACGCGGCCGCCGUGUGCCGGGAAGCGUACCUGCGCAUGCGCGGGCUCCGCCACGCCGCGGGGGGGCGCCCGCUGUGCACCUUCUUCGGCAGGCACGAGCACCCCCGCUGGCCGGUGGUGCAGGGGCCCACCAUCGCCUUCGCGCUGCGCUGGGCCGACGGCUCCGGCGUGCCGCCGGGCUGCCUGGCCGCGCGCGCCGCGGCGCGCGGCGUCGUGCUGCACGUCGGCGGGGCGCCGGGCCGCCCGCGGGCCGGGCGGUGGGGCCGCGGGCCGUGCCGCUGCGGCGGGCCGGGGCCGCGCGGCUGCCGCUGCGCGGCGCCGCAGGGGUGGCCAGCCGCGGCGGCCAGCGUGUCCUUCGGCCUGCUCUCGACGCUGCAGGACGUGGGCCGCUGGGUGACGCUGCUGCGGGAGGAGUUCCUGGACCGCUCGGCGCCCCCAGCGUCAGGCGCCGCCACCGGCCCGGCGCCAGCCACCGAGGCGGAGGCGGAGGCGCCGGCGCAGGUGGCGCUGCCAGGGCGGAGCGCCUCGGAGGUGGUGGAGAAGGUGCGGGCCAUUCGAGAGCAGGAGUUCGGGCACUUGGGGCAAGUUGCGUACCUGGACCACGCAGGCGCUGCGCUGUACAGCCGUGAGCAGGCGCGGGCAGCGACGGGGGCCUUGCUGGAGCGCUUCCUCGCCAGCCCAGAGCGCUCGGCAGCCUCGGCGGAAGUCGUGGAGGGCGUCCGUGCCGACGUAUCUCGAGGGGAGACACGGUGA